GCGUGGCCGUCCCGCCCCUGGCGGCGUGCCUGGCGCCGUGUUCCGCGUCCGUGCGACCGUCUGUCCCGAGCGCACAGCCGCGGCAGCCAGGCCAGGUCAGAGCAGCCCACCAUGGGACGGGGAGGGGGUGGAGGCUGCACCCCGCGCCCACCCAUCCACCAGCAGCCACCAGAGCGCCGCGUGGUCACCGUUGUCUUCCUUGGCCUCCUGCUGGACCUCCUGGCCUUCACGCUGCUGCUGCCCCUGCUUCCCGGGCUGUUGGAGAGCCACGACCGUGCCCACGACCCCCUUUAUGGCUCCUGGCAGGGUGGGGUGAACUGGUUUGCCACCGCCAUCGGGAUGCCAGUGGAGAAGAGAUACAAUAGUGUCCUGUUCGGAGGUCUCAUUGGCUCAGCCUUCUCUGUUCUGCAGUUUCUGUGCGCACCACUCACUGGGGCCACCUCUGACUGCUUGGGGAGGCGCCCGGUGAUGCUGCUGUGCCUGAUGGGUGUGGCCACCUCAUAUGCAGUCUGGGCCACCUCUCGGAGCUUUGCGGCCUUCCUGGCCUCCAGGCUGAUCGGGGGCAUCAGCAAAGGGAACGUCAGCCUCUCCACGGCCAUCGUUGCUGACCUGGGCUCGCCUCUGGCCCGCAGCCAAGGCAUGGCGGUCAUUGGGGUGGCCUUCUCACUGGGCUUCACCCUGGGCCCUAUGCUUGGAGCCUCCCUGCCCCUGGAAAUGGCACCCUGGUUUGCCCUGCUCUUCGCAGCCUCCGACCUGCUGUUCAUCUUCUGCUUCCUGCCGGAGACGCUGCCCCUGGAGAAACGGGCGCCGUCUGUCUCCCCGGGGCUCCGUGAUGCGGCCGAUCUGCUCAGCCCCCUGGCCCUGCUGCGCUUCUCAGCCGUCGCUCGUGGUCAGGACCCGCCCACUGGAGACAGGCUCAGCAGCCUGCGCCGCCUGGGCCUCGUCUACUUCCUCUACCUCUUCCUGUUCUCGGGCCUGGAGUACACGCUGAGCUUCCUCACACACCAGCGCUUCCAGUUCAGCAGCCUGCAGCAGGGGAAGAUGUUUUUCUUCAUCGGCCUCACCAUGGCCACCAUCCAGGGUGCCUAUGCCCGGCGGAUCCACCCCGGCGGGGAAGUUGCUGCCGUGAAGCGGGCCCUCCUACUGCUGGUGCCUGCCUUCCUCCUCAUCGGCUGGAGCCAUUCUCUGCCCAUGCUGGGCCUGGGGCUGCUGCUGUACUCCUUUGCUGCCGCCAUUGUGGUGCCCUGCCUGUCCUCCGUGGUCGCUGGCUAUGGCUCACCAGGGCAGAAGGGCACGGUCAUGGGUACACUGCGCAGCCUAGGCGCUCUGGCCAGGGCCGCGGGGCCCCUGGUGGCUGCUUCAGUGUACUGGCUGGCUGGGGCCCAGGCCUGCUUCACCACGUGGUCCGGGCUCUUUUUGCUCCCCUUCCUCCUCCUGCAGAAGCUGAAUUAUUCGGCACAGACGCUCAAGGCUGAGUAGCUGAGCCACUGUGCCCAGGCUGUGGGCACCAGGCAGAGUGGGAGCCUGGGUCAGAGCCCUGCCCACUGCCUGACCCCCCUCCUUCCCAGUCCAGGGAGACCCUGUGGGUGGGAGCCAGCCCCCCAGCAGGAAGCCCAGGCAGCUCCUCCAGACUCAUUCCUAUGAAUGACUCCAGGCGGCAGCACUCCAAGGCCGUCACGGUUUGUUUGUUUUCUAAACUAUGCACCAGGUUUCUGAUGAUGAAAUAAAGCACCUGUUUUAUACCAAA